AUGCUCUUGCAGCUCCACCCACCUCAUCCUCACCCCGUCAUUCAACUUCCCUUUGGGUUCAAAGACCUUGAACAUGGCCUUCCCAAUCCUCAUUCCUGGACGGCCCAGCUUAGUAACCUCAUGCACGGCGAACUCGACCUUCCCAAAACACUACAUUCUCUGGACAAGGGUGUUGGAAUUACGAGCUUGCUCGAACAGGUCACAUUUGACCUUCCCUCGCUCACAGUUUCGUGUCGAUUUGUCGACGGAGCGAUCGAGGAAUGGCCGAUCAUAACACCAGGUCACGUGAAAUCGUUGCAGGACAUCAUGAGCGACGUUAAGCUAGCAACGGCCGAGGACGACCGUCAGAGGGAAAGAAUGAUGGAAAAGGAGAAGGAGAGGGACGUAGCAAGUCAGAGAUCUCCGUCUUCCUCCGUCAGAGUUGGUCGGACGCAUAAAAAGCAACGGUCGUUGUUCAUGAGCAUUGUCACUGCUGUUGGAUCCAUUAUCAACCCUCCGUCCUCCUCGAGAACACCUUCCCCUCCCCCGUUUACCACGCCAUUUAGUAAAUGUUCCUCCCGUCUCGGUCGGGUUUUUCGACAUAGGGCGCGUUCACUCCUCGUUGAUACAUAUCGCCGAUAUGUGUUAAUGGAACUUGCACGCCGAUUUCCUCGUGGUGGAUAUUACACGUGGAUUCUACACAGUAUGCUUCGCAGAACUGUGGAGGGGAUGGACCACCUUAUUCAGGAAGCCUCUUCGAGAACACCCGAUUUGAUUCGGCCUCGCGGCAGCGACGCGGAGUAUUUUUCUGCCACAACGAUGGUUGUCCCGUCAUUAUUUUCCGAUGAUGAAGAGGACGAAACGGACACUGACGGAAGCUCUCUGCAUACCCCCGCGUCAUCCCACUUUGAGAACGGACACCCUGUUGAAUCUUCGGCCGAAAGGCGGCUUUCAAAGCAACUUGAUAUGAUGCGGAAUCGUCUUUGCCCGGAAGAUUAUGCAGAUUACACCCGGUACUCCGACCUGAAGAAACGUCUGCAGGACCUUCUUAUUCAGGCAAACGUUCAAGUCAGGGCAAUUGAAGAGGAGCAGGCACAUCGUGAAGCUGUGCUGGAAAUUCGUAGUCGCCGACGGGCCUGGACCAGCAAGGCUCUAGCUGGAGCAAGCAGUAGCCAGUUUGGCCUUGGCAUGCCGUUCAAGAGUUCUCGACUUGGACAAGCCUCAUGGUCAAGUGACGACUAUGAGUUUGAGAUGCCAACUGUCAACUGGGAACGUCACAACGUGCAUAUAGAACAGGAAUUGGAAGAGCAGGAUGAGUUGCAUGGUUUCUCACCAAGGAGGAAGAAAAUAUCGAGCACUUCGAGACUUUUCCCGGUCAGUGAAGAAGUUGAGGGCGAGGACGGAUUUCAGCUGGACGAAGCACUAGACGAACACGAUGCUCUGCAAGAACUAGACCUCGAAAUGGGAUUCGGAGCCAGUUUGGGUUGUCGGCGGAUAGACGAUGACUACGACCCCGAAGCUGGCAUCCGCGUAGCCUUUGAGAUCGAACGUCCUGUUCUUCGUCCCAGGAUACGCACAAGUAGCAUGUAUCGGCAGCGUUUAGCGGUCCGAGACACCGCAGAAAUCAGUGUCGUCCCAUUACCGCGACCACAGCUGUUGACCUCUUCUUCAAUUUUGUGCCAACCAAUGGCAUCCAUCAAAGACGAUCUUUCGGGGAAAUCUCAUCUACGCCCAGAGUUAGAUGUUACAGUCGACGAGUUCGAGCUGUCUGGUUACGGACAGUUCGGCGGAUAUGCACCCGAACAAGAGUUCACGCUGGCAAUGGAUUUACCGCCGAAGAAAUGGAAGCAGAAUCGAGAUACAAUCCUUCGCAAUAGGCAAGGAUUGGAUCCUUUCGACAGCGCUGCGAUCGAAUGUCGAUAA